AUGCCGGGCUGGAGGCGGACAGCUGUCUUCAGGCUGUGGAGGACCGACGUCAGUGUUUGUGCGGCUCUGGGGAAGAUGGCGGAGGCUGCGGCUGUUCCACCGCAUCGGUUUUUCUGUCACUGUUGUAAGGGAGAAGUGAACCCCAAACUCCCGGAGUAUAUCUGUCCGAGAUGUGACUCAGGGUUCAUAGAGGAAGUAACAGAAGACUCAAGUCUCCUAGAGGGUGGCGCUAACGGGAUAGAUGACGCAGCCACACAAUUUGCAGAGCUAUGGCACCUGUUGUUACUGGAGCGGCCAUUUACAAUAGACGCUGACACACCGGACUCAGAACCCCGGCUCCCUGGAGGGCGUUUGGGGGGUCUGAGUGACCUGGGGGGGUUGGGAGGGGGACCAAUCGGGGGGUCAGUCCCAGCAGGCCUUGGGGGACCUAUGGGGAGUCUACUAGGGGCCGGGGAUAACUGGGGACCGGGACGCCCGCCUCGCCUACACAGCCAGAGGAGAUACCGCUCCAGAGGCAGCAGCAGACCAGACCGCUCUCCUGCUGUGGAGGGGAUUGUACAACAGUUUCUCGCCGGUCUCUUUGCCAACUCUGGAGUCCCCGGCUCACCUCCCCUCUCUUGGACGGGGAUGCUGCACUCUAACCCAGGGGAUUACGCCUGGGGACAGGGAGGGUUAGACGCUGUGAUAACACAGUUACUCGGUCAGUUGGAGAACACGGGACCUCCUCCAGCAGAGAAAGAGAAGAUCUCUUCUCUCCCAACAGUCAAUAUCUCUCAGGAACAAGCAGACUGCUGUAUGGAAUGUCCGGUGUGCAAAGAGGACUUCGCAGUGGGAGAGCCAGUCAGACAGCUACCCUGUAACCACUUCUUUCAUUCAGACUGUAUAGUACCAUGGCUGGAAAUGCAUGACACAUGUCCAGUGUGUAGGAAGAGUUUAAACGGAGAAGACAGCAGCAGCCAGCCCCCAUCAGAGUCCCCCACCCUGUCCAUGGACCCCCGCACACAGGAGAGAUGGUCCUUCUGAUACCCCCCACCCGUCUGAGCCCUUGGUUCACCUCGCCCACAUCCACCACACGAGAAGACACAGCGCUUCUCACUCGCCUCCUUUCAUCUCCGUUGCAGUUAUAAUCAUCUCAGUCGGAUUUUUGUACUUUUAUUUUCUAUUUGAAUGCCUUUCUCCUCAACCAUGUAUACAGAUGUGUUAACGGUCGGUCGAGGUCAAGGAGACUCUUUUUUUUGCUGCAUAAGGAACCAGCCUAGAUUGAUGGUGAUGAUCAAGCCCAUGUCUUCUCUACUUCCAUCCCUCAAGCAACCUCCUUUUCCAUCUUUCUUAAAAUGCACUGCUGCGUUAUACUAUUGUGGGGAAAUGCCAUACUUUAUAUCAUAUACCACGCCCUCUUUACAGAAAAUGAGCUAAGUCCUGCAACUGAGCCCUGGACGGCAUACGGGAUUACUGGAGGGUUUACCUUCACUCUUUGUAUUUACAGAGUCUGGACCUAAUAACACCUGCAGCCCUGCAAUAAACCCUAUGUUUAAGAUCAAUGAUGCAUUCCUGUUGAGGUUUUCUCAGGAAGAACUUGAUUAACUCUUGGUUAUUUGUUCUAUUGUUUAUUCUAAAGAGGUUCAUGUUAUUGCGUCCAUCCUCUGUAACGUACUUUAAGAACAGGACAAAGUAUUUUAUAGACAUCAGUUUGAGUCGCCGCUGUAAAAUGGCCUCAAAUAAAGUUGUGACUUCAAAUGAAAGUCACAGCUUUCUGGGAACACAUCCAACACCAUACCUGUAAGGGAAUGAAAAUCGCCCUUUAUUGAAUGAUUAAGAUUGAAACAUUCUCCUCCGAGUGUAUAUAUUAUAAACAAAUGGCAUCCCUCUGUUGUUUUAUUCCUCUGUCUUUUGUUUCAAUUUUUUUAUCACUUUUUUGAUGUAAAUAAUUUUAGUCCAAGUUAUGGUUUGCAAAAGGAAAAAAAAAUGAGAAUGGAGACACAAAUGUGAAAUACCUGGUUAUCGAACUGUAUAUUAUAUAUAUGAAAAAUGUCUAUGAUGUAUUAAUAAAUUGACCAAAAAGA